AUGCCUCAAGACCUUCCCCCUUCAGGCGGUUAUGAAGCCGUACAAUACCGCCGCAACAUCCCGACCCGCGGCCUCCGGCCGUUAUGGUACCUCGUCGGUGUCCUUGGCGUCAUGACCUACGGCUGGCGGCAAAUCUUCCUGGGACAGCGCGAAAAGACGGAGAUGGCGCGCGAGAAGAUGUGGGCCCGCAUCCACUUGACGCCCCUACUACAAGCAGAGGAGGAUAGAGAUCAAGUGCGAAGAUAUUAUGCCGAUUUGAAGAGAGAAAAGGAAUUACUAGGCAGCCAAAGUGGGGCCUAUAAUAGUGAUCGAUUCGUGAGACCGACAUACGCGGCGACGCCGGCCAGGACCGUGGAAUAG